AGACCACCACUGCAGGUCAACACUGGGGGAGUUAUAUGUUCAGUGGACUAGCACGCCGCGCAGAGGCCCUUGGGAAAUGUAGUUUCCAUAUGAAAGACUCUAGACCUGGCGGAGGGCGGGGGCCGGGAGUUCAGGGAAGGGCAGUGUCUGUUACGGGGCGCAGUACUUUUCUCUUCCUCGCGCUGAUGCGGACGCUCGUAGCGUAUUUGUCAAAUGGGAAGUGGCCCGGAAAGCUAAACACAGCAGCCCUGGAAUCUGUGGGAAUUCGGCUCUGCGGAGCACUAGGCAAUGCGCAAGCGCAGUUCAGACCCGGCUGCAGACUCCAGUUCUUUGUGUUCUGUCUGCGAUGUGGCGGUUGCGAUCUGUCGCUGUCGGCAGGGGCUCCUCGAAGGGAAACGCCUUGGUGACCAGGCACGGUGGCCAGAUCCUCUUCGGGAGGGCGAGAGCGGCCGUAGGCGGUGGCGCCCGGGGAGAAGGGCGGAGGGGAAAGCCCAGUGUGUGCAAGUUUCUGCCCGAGGACUCCGACUCUGCUUGUACCUAAGAGGGCUCUUUAGAGAAGAAAUGGCUGUCAGGCACCUGCCAACCACAGUCCAGGAACCGGUGACCCUCAGGGACGUGGCGGUGCUGUUCACCCAGGAGGAGUGGGCCCAGCUGAGCCCUGUGCAGAGACGCCUGUACCAGGACGUUAUGCUGGAAAACUGCAGCCACCUGGCCUCGCUUGGGCUCUUAGGACCCAAACCAGAUCUGUUUGCCCAGCUGGGAAAAGGGGAAGAAUGGACAUCGGAGGUCGCCUCCGGAGGUUUCUGCUUGGACUGGAUGCCUCUCCCUGUGAGUAAGAAAUCUACUCUCAAGGCAGAUAUUCCUGAAGAAGAAUUGGAUCAGUGGAUGAUAGAAGGGAGAUUCACUAGCAGGAGUCACUGGACGUGCGAUGGUCCAUGGGAAUGGCAGCACGAAAGCCGCCAGGUGAAGCUGCAUAAAGGGGUCCUCACUGCCCAGCAAACCUCACCUGUGAGCAGUGACCAGGAAUGGGAUGGAUCUGGGAGGCGCCACACUAUGAGCUCAUCUUCUGUUCAAAGUCAGGGAUUUCAGUCUAACAAAAAAGCCUUUGAGUGUAGUGAGUGUGGAAAAGUCUUCACUACAAGUUCGACCCUUAAUAAACAUCGGAAAAUUCAUAUCGAAAAACUUAGUUCUAAUCCGAAAACUCUUAUUAAAGAGAAACGGUAUGAAUGUAGAGAAUGUGGGAAGGCCUUUCACCAGAGCACACACCUUAUCCAUCACCAAAGAAUUCACACUGGUGAGAAACCGUAUGAAUGUAAGGAAUGUGGCAAGGCGUUCUCAGUGAGCUCCUCACUCACUUACCAUCAGAAAAUUCACACUGGAGAGAAACCUUUCGAAUGCAACUUAUGUGGAAAAGCUUUUAUCCGAAACAUACACCUUGCCCACCAUCAUAGAAUACAUACCGGAGAGAAACCUUUCAAAUGUAACAUAUGUGACAAAGCCUUUGUGUGCAGGGCACAUCUUACCAAACACCAGAAUAUUCAUAGUGGAGAGAAACCCUAUAAAUGUAAUGAAUGUGGGAAAGCCUUCAAUCAAAGUACAAGUUUUCUUCAGCAUCAGAGAAUUCACACUGGAGAGAAGCCCUUUGAAUGUAAUGAAUGUGGAAAGGCCUUCAGAGUGAACUCCUCCCUGACUGAGCACCAGAGAAUUCAUACUGGAGAGAAACCUUAUAAGUGUAACGAGUGUGGGAAAGCUUUUAGAGAUAAUUCAUCCUUUGCUCGACAUCGGAAGAUUCAUACUGGAGAAAAACCUUACAGAUGUGGUUUGUGUGAGAAAGCCUUCAGGGACCAGUCUGCCCUAGCCCAGCAUCAGAGGAUUCAUACUGGGGAAAAACCAUAUACAUGUAAUAUAUGUGAGAAGGCCUUCAGUGACCAUUCAGCCCUUACUCAGCAUAAGAGAAUUCACACUAGAGAAAAACCUUACAAGUGUAAACUCUGCGAGAAAGCCUUCAUCCGAAGCACACACCUCACCCAACAUCAGAGGACACACACGGGGGAGAAACCGUACAAAUGCAGUAAGUGUGGGAAAGCCUUCAGCCAGACUGCAAACCUCAUUCAGCAUCAGAAACAUCACAUUGGAGAAAAGUGAUUGCAGUUUAAAGAAAAGAGCUUUGAGACUGAGUGUAUGAAUAAUUGAAGGUAAGAGAAUCCAUUCCAGAGGAUAACCAUGAAAGCUUAUGUCAAGAUAGUCAUUUUAUUAUUGAGGAUCAAGCUUCAUAGUAUUGUGGGUUUUGAGAAUUUAAGAAUGUCAGACACUCCUCAUGGUUCAGAACUGCCUCACCUGAAUAGCAAGCAGUACUGUGCAAUUAGUCUGAAUCGCCAAGUAUAAGAAUCAAUAUGGAGCUUCAUUAACAACUUAAAAAUUUGUUUAUCAAAUUUACAUUUUGAUUAUUAAGAGAAAUUAUACAAUUCUUAGCCCCCUUGGCCUAGAAUUCACACAUAUCACUUCUAUUGACACCCCAUUAGGGACAGCUAACCAUAUGACCUGACAUGGAGACAAGAAAGGUGGGAAGAGGCUGGCAAUCAACCCAGUGAGGUCCACAUGCCUGUGGUGCUCUGAUGAGCUGUGUACAGGCUGAGUGUAUGAAAAUCAAAAAUAGAAAUUGUAAAAUUAUAGAAAUUAAGGAACAAAGGAACAAAACAGUAAGAAAAUGGUCUAUAAGACUUUCACUUUACCUGAAUCUCUCACGUAAGAGGGUGUCUGUCUCCUUUUGGCGUAACCCUUUGUUCUCACCCACACUGCUGACAUCCAGGGUAAAGGGCAUGCAUCCUCUCAUGUGUCAGCUGGGACUGACUGAAAUGCUGCUCCCUAUCUUCUGUGUCAUGCCACCUUUGGCCAGAUCUCCCUGGUUUGUGUGCCCACUGGCUUUCUGCCUUUCUUCUCCUUCCAGUACAAUUCAUUUGAAUGGUGUGUCCCUCUUUUGAUUUAGCAACCCCUAACUGGUAACAUCAUGUCACUUAUUAUCCAUUUAUACUUGGGGAAUAUAGUGAUCCAACCUCACACACAGUCCAUGAGUCUGGGUAUCGCCCCAGAUCCAGCU